AAUUAUUGCUGCAAAACGACACACCAACUUAGAAAAACACGUAUCGAAGAUGCCGAUGAACUUUAAGGUGACAUUCGCAAAUGGCACGUCCAUGAAGCUCAUGGGGCUACCAGACGACAUCACACUGGACGGCCUGCGCGCUCAUUUAUUCGAGAAGACGUCCAUCCUGCCGCAGGAGCAGCACGGUAAGUGCCACACUCUUCCAGUGUAUCAUUCCUUCUUUCUAGUCGAUUGCUCCUCUUUAACCAUAUUCUGUCUAUCCAGUGAUGACAGGGUAUCCCCCAAAAAUGAUCGAGGGAUCCGGCGAGAGUACUCUGACGUCUUUGGGGGUUCGAACAGGCUCAGUACUUGUCCUCAAGGAGGCUCCAGAGAAUAGCGCUGCACAAUCUAAGACAAAAUCCGUCUUUAUGCGGCGCGUUAUGCCGGCAGACAACAGUUGCCUGUUUCAUUCGAUCGGAUAUGCUCUGGGCAAGGGGAGAGAAGGAAAUGGUCCCGUGAUGCGGCAACUCAUUAAGGACACGAUCCUCGCAGACCCGGAAAAGUACUCGGAGGUGUUUCUGGGACGUCCCGUGUACGAAUACUGCGCGUGGAUUAUGGACGACAAGUCGUGGGGCGGCGAGAUCGAGCUGUCUAUCCUUUCGACAUACUACAAGGUGGAGAUGGUCGUCUUUGACGUCACGAGUAUGAGUCGGUUGUGUUAUGGUGAGGACCAAGGCUUCACACAGCGACUGUUCCUGCUCUACGACGGAAUUCACUACGACCUGGUUGUUGAGGCCCCUUCCGCGACAGCUUCGGAGAGUCAGGACGUGACGCUCUUUGCGAUUAAUGAUUUCUCCAAGGUGGAACGUGCUAGCGAAGUCGCCGUGGAAGCUCAUCAGAAGCACGAGUUCACCGACGUCAGUCGCUUCAGCAUCAUGUGCUUGGUGUGCAGAAGUACCUUUGUCGGACAGAAAGAAGCACUUUCGCAUUCAGAAGCUACAGGCCACCAGCAAUUUGGCGAAGUUAAGCCUUCGUCUACGCGCUAAGCUAGGAUUGUCAAUAUGUAGACAUGGCUGGUAGCUCGAAUAGAUCGUCAAACCAAAGUUUUUGUCUGAAAUCGAUUAACAAAUUAAUGCUUCAGUUGUCAGGGAAA